AUGGCGAAAUUCUUUAAAAGUACGCGAAAUUUAAAUGGCGACGAAUACAAGCAAAAGUUACGUUUCGUGCCCAACGCUGAUAAGGAACCAAAAGUGGGUCACGAAAUCUCGGAACCUGCGAUUUUUCGAUUCUUACUCAACGAAGAAAAAAUGGAAAAAUUCGAUGAAGCUAAAGUUGAAAUACAUGAAAUGCUGGACGUUUUAAAAGACAUCGACAAACAAUCGAAAAUAACUCAAGUCGAAAUCUACCAAAGCAGCAUGCACUCAACGACAGAUUUAAUCAAAGCAUUUCACGUUUUCAUCGUCUUCAAAUCAACAAGUGAAACAGCAGCAGACGAUGCUGGAGUCUAUUAUUGGUGGUCGUUGGAAAAGAACACGGAAUACAUCGCCUUGCAACGAUCACGCAAGGAAGAAAACGUUAAGAACAAGUUUGAAGGCAAACGGCGGAAAAAAGUUGAGCCCAUCAAAGAAGAUUUGAAAGGAAAAGGUACGAUUAAAGAUCUAUUUGCAAUUCUUUGGGCCCAACAGGUGAUUGCAGAAAAAUAUCACAUAAAGAAAUCCAACUGCCAGUCGUUGGUCAGAUUCGUCGGUCAGCAAAUUACCAACAUCGGAUACAAAUACAAGGGGAAUUUCAAGUAUUCUCAAGGCCGGAACAAAAAAAUGUUGAAAUUAAUCAACGUCAUAGACCGAAGAGGUUGUUCUGAUCGGUCCCUUUUAUUCCAUCUCAUUGAAAUGGGAAAUACCGACCUUGUUGAUAAAAUAGUAGCGAGUGGCAAGUACGACAUCAACGCCUUCGUCUACCAAAACAGUGGUCAUUCGUCUAUAAAAACGACUCCACUUCACUUAGCCAUUAGUUUGAGGAAAACCAAAAUGGUUAAACAUCUUCUCAAACCUCCAAUGAAUGCAGAUCCUACAAAACGCGACGCAGGGAAGAGCGCCCUUUUUUUUGCUGCCAGCAUGUUCGGAAUGAAAACAAAGAUUAUUGAUUUGCUACUGGCACAUGACAAAGUCAAUGUGGAUGAUGUGGACGAAAACGGAGAAACGGCUCUCCAUUUGGCCGCUUCUGAAUCCAACUUCCUCACUGUUAAAAAAUUAUUAGAAAGAAAAGCCAAUCCCAACAUUUUCGACAAAAUCGGUAGGUCUCCUCUUCAUGUGGCAGCACAUGAUAGAUACGGUAUCACUGUCAUCGAUUUGCUCCUAGCUCAUCCCAAAGUCAAAGUUGACGAUGUAAACGAAUUCGGAAUAACUGCGCUUCAUUACGCCGCUUAUGUAUCCAACGUCUUUGUUGUCAAACACUUGAUAAACAAAGGAGCCAAUCCCAACCUUUUCGACAAAAAAGGUGUGUCUCCUCUUUAUUUGGCAGCACAGCAGAGAGAAGGUAAUCCUAUCAUUGAUCUACUGCUGGAAGCUAAAAAAGUCAAAGGCAUAUGCAAUGUCAACGAUCAAAAUAAACAAGGAAGGACUGCACUUCAUUACGCCGCCGCCUAUUCCAAUGAAAUCACGGCCGAGUAUUUAAUCAAAAAGGGCGCAAAUGUCAAUUGUCGAACCAAUAUUGGCGAUACUCCACUUCACUAUGCUGCACUUGGUGCAAAAAACAUGAAAAUCAUCGAUGUAUUACUCAAGAAUCUUAAAAAAAGAUAUAUUAAACAGUAUAGAAACGAUGAAAGACUUUUCUUUUUCGCCAGGCAUAACUUGCACGGACUAGGCAAUAUAAUUCUUGAUCGAUUAAUGGAAAAGAGCAUCAAACCUCCGUGUAGUACUAAAACUGACGAUUGUACUGGAGAAUCCGACGAGGCAACAGGCGUCAAUACUCGCCGUUCCGUAGACAAAGGCGCCGAUCCUUCAGUUGACUUGACGGGAUUUGAUGGCCUUCAUUUCUUAAUAGCGCGAGUCAAGAUAUCACUGGGAAUCUAUGACAAUAUCAACGGCCGCGAUCAAAAUGGGGAAACUCUUCUUUUAGUUGCAAUACGCGCCAACAACGUGGAUUGGGUUAGAAAUUUGCUGGAAAGAGGAGCCGAUCCCACCAUACGAAACAAAGAUGGCUUCACUCCAUUUUAUGUAGCAGUGAUCAACCAUACAGAUCCCGAGAUUCUCAACAUACUUCUGGAAAGUGGAAAAGUUGACAUCAAUGAAACAGCACCUAGUAUAAUUUACUAUGACCAUAAUAGAUGUGGAUAUGGAAUGACUGCCCUACACAUGGCAGUCAAGGAAUCCAACACAGCUGCAGCAGAUUUUCUGUUAACAAGAGGAGCUGACCCAAACGUCACUGAUAUAUAUGGACGCACUCCACUUCACGUGGCGGCCGGAUAUGCAAAAGACAGCAUGACCGUCCAACUACUUGUCAAUCACAAAGACGUUGAUGUCAACUUGCGCCAUGGGCUAUAUAGUGCGCUAGAUUACGCAGAAUCCAACAAGCACGGGUUUGGUGAAAGAAUUGCCAAUCUGUUGAAAGAGAAAGGUGCCGUGGGAAGAGAAAACAGACUGCCCAAAGGAAACAUCGAAACGAAAAAUCCUGAUAUAUCCUUAGAAAAACUUGUGAAUUAUACUUCCAGCAAUGCUGCCGACGAAAUUGAAAGCGUUUUAAGCGACGCCACAGUACCAAUUGAGGACAAAAUCGCUAGAAUUAACGAGGAACAUUUGAUUUCAGUAAUUAUAGAUUCGGACGUAGAAACACUUCGUCUUCUAUUGAAAAAUGGAGCAGAUAUCAGCAGCGCACGGGGAAAAUAUGGAAUGAAUGCGCUUCAUGUGGCAUCACUUAAAGGAAAGACGACGGAUCUCAUCGACGUCAUUCUAGAAACUGCAAAAUUCGACAUCAACGGAGUCGACAGCGGUGGAGACACUCCUCUCCAUUAUGCAAUAAUGGGAUCUAAUUCUGCAAGAAAUGCCCCUCACCUGAUUCGAUUGGGAGCCGAUCCCAACGUUGCCAAUAAAACCAGAGUCACUCCACUGCAUUUGGCGGCCAAAAAUGAAGAGACGGCGGAACUCAUCGACAUCAUACUGGAAACCGGGCAAUGCAACAUCAACACAGCCGAGGCUACCGCGGCUGUGAACCCAGUUGACAACGACGGAAGGACUCCACUCCAUUACGCAAUUGAGAGACUCGACCCGGUUACAAUCAAUGCUCGUCGUCUGAUUAAAAUGGGAGCCGACCCAGGCAUCGCUGACAAGAACAGAGUCACCCCUCUUCACAUGGCAGCGAGAAAUGAAAAUGCAGAGUCAAUGGAUCUCAUUGAGAUCCUCCUCAAUACCGGAGCGGUGGACGUGAAUUGUGUCGACAAUCAAGGCCGUACUCCUCUCGCUUGUGCUAGGGACAACAAACACGGACUAGGCGAGAAGAUUAUCGCCCGACUAAAGGAAUCUGGCGCAAAAGAAUAACACGCCUCCUUAUCGGCGCCUCAUUCAACAGCAGGAGUACAGGGCACAAUCCGGAGACGAGAGGAACGCCGGCAGAACAUUUCCUGGAUCCCAUUGUUUUCGUUAAUAGUAGUGAAAUGGAUAGCUUUAGAUAUAGUAUAUAAAAUCCUGAUGUACUUGGUGUGAGACUUCAUAACUGUUAUUUUAAUUUUCUCAAUUUCAACAGCUUUAAAUAUAUGCAAUAUCCAUCAAGAA